ACCAAAGUAAGGAGCGUCAAACAAAGGCCGGAUUUCUCUCUGUCUGGUCAGUGGGACGUAGUGACCAUGAACAGGGAUGGAGAGGAGGAGAGACACAUCUUUGAUGCAGUUCUGGUGUGCACAGGCCACUACACCCAUCCAGCCUUACCACUGUCAGAUUUUACAGGAUAUGAGACAUUUUCUGGCAGGUGUUUUCACAGCUGGGAAUAUAAAGAUGCAGAUGCCUGCAGAGGGCAGAGAGUGGUGGUGGUUGGCAUUGGCAAUUCUGGAGGCGAUAUUGCAGUUGAGAUUAGCCGAUCUGCAGAGAAGACAUUUCUCAGCACACGCCACGGCUCCUGGGUUAUUGGCAGAAUGUCCAGAAAUGGUCUUCCCCUGGACAUGACCCAUAUCACCAGGCUCACCAGCCUCCUCAUAUGGCUUCUUCCCAAAAAUCUGGUCAACUGGGCAGCAGAGAGAGAGCUGAACUACAAAUAUGACCACAGACUUUAUGGCCUGAAGCCCAGACACAGACUGUGGGAGAAAAGGCCCUUGAUUAAUGAUGACCUUCCUGGUCGAAUCCUUCAGGGAGCACUAGUAAUGAAACCCAAUCUGAAAGAAUUCAAGGACUCUGGAGUUGUAUUUGAAGAUGGCACCGUGGAGGAGGACAUUGACACUGUGGUCUUCUGUACAGGUUAUAAUUGUACCUUCUCAUUCCUGCCUCCAGGUCUAACUGAGGGGCCUAAAGGAGAGCUUACAUUGUACAAGUAGGUAUCUCGUUUGUUUGGUUUUUUUUAAUAGCAAGAGCUGAUUUUUUUAUUAUUUUGUAAAGAUGGUCGAUUGAAACUUCACAUUGCACAUUUAAAAACUCAGGUUUUUCAUUUAACUAAUUUAAAGCUUAAGUUUGUAUGAUUAGGGGGAUUUAGUGGCAGCUAGUGGUGAGAUUUGGAAAUUGCAACCAGUUUAAACUUGUCCCAGUUAGACUUUCAAAAGUCUUUAUAGUUCAGGAGGGUUUUACUGGGUACAAA